CUGUCAACCAAGAACUCAGAAAGUCGCAUCGCUCUGUAUCUCUCCCAUCUGAGCAUUCACACCGUAUAAUUUGCCCUCUGUACCACGCCGCAGAGAAUCAGAACGUAGGGUUUUUUAGACUUUUCCGACUGGGAAGCUCUGUGCGCCCAAACAGAACACCCAGAAAGAAGAAAGAAAUCAUUUGCGAGCGAAACGGCUUGACGACCAAAAGUAGCUUCUCAUCGGAUCGGCUUCUAAGCGGAAAUCAUCCUCAGCUUCUAACUUUUGACUUUCGAAACGAUGGGACGAGGAAAGUACAAGAACAAGCCCACGGGGAAGCGCCAGUUCUCCACUCCCGAGGAGAUGCUUGCUGGUACUUCUUCCCGUCCUCGCACUUUCAGAAAGCAAGAAGCUGAAUAUGAAGAGGAAGUAUCUGAGGAAGAAGGAUCUGAAGAAGGAUCUGAAGAAGAAUCUGAAGGAAAUAAUGAACAGAAGCUGAAAGGCACUCAAGGUAUUAUCCAAAUUGAAAAUCCUAAUUUGGUAAAGCCAAAGUCCUUGAAAGCCAGAGAUAUCGAUUUGGGGAAAACAACUGAACUUUCAAGGCGUGAAAGAGAGGAGAUAGAGAAACAGAAAGCUCAUGAGCGAUAUAUGAAAUUGCAAGAACAGGGGAAAACAGAACAAGCUAAGAAAGAUUUAGAGCGUUUGUCCCUUAUUCGUCAACAAAGGGCAGAAGCUGCUAAAAAGCGAGAUGAAGAAAAAGCUGCCAAAGAACAGAAGAAAGCUGAAGCUCGCAAAUGACCUUCCUGAAGAGUGUUUUGCGUAAAGUUGUGCUGCCCAAAACAAUAUCUGCUCUUUGUUUUACUUGUUAGUACAUUUAUAAUGAACAUUAUUAUUCCAUGUUGGUAUUUGUCCAAACAAUUGUGUUCCUAUUUUCUCUCAGUAAUUUGACCAUGGUAGUGUCUUGAAGCAAAUAGAUAUCUAUAUAUUUUUUUUUUCAGAAGCUUUAACCUUUCUAUUUGUAUAGAAUGCGUUCCAUAUUACUGUCUACUGGGAACGUUAUACAGUGAUACAUUGAUGCUAAUAUGAUACAAGUGGUAUUAAUUGUGUCAUCA